UGAUGUGUCGUGAUUGUCCGACCUAAAAUAUCAAUAUUUUGGAAUUUAUGAAAUAAAAAUACUAAUUACUGAGAUAUAUUUCGUACUUAUUUACUAUUUAACUUAUUCUACAAUUAUAUGGUACAGAAAUGGAUGACAGGAACAUGGAAUCAAGCAGCUCAAUUUUACCUGACGAUUCAAGCGACCAUUCUAAAAGCAUUAUACACAUAGACGUCGAUUGUUUUUACGCUCAAGUAGAGAUGGUGCGGAAACCAGAACUUCAAUCCCUUCCACUUGGAAUCCAACAGAAAAACAUCGUUGUGACCAGUAAUUACGAAGCUAGAAAGUACGGUAUACGGAAAUGUAUGCUCGUGACGGAUGCGUUGAAUGUAUGUCCAAAUUUAAAAUUAGUUAACGGCGAAGAUUUACACGACUAUAGGGCAGCCUCAAAUAAAAUAUUUACUGUUCUUCAAAGUUGGAAAUGCCCAGUCGAAAAGUUAGGUAUGGAUGAAAACUUCAUUGAUGUCACAAACUUAGUACAAGAAAAACUAAAAACUGUAAAUAUAGCCACCAUCACACUCUCUGGUAAUAUGUAUAGUGAAUCAAGCCUGGAGUGUAUCUGUGGCUGCCAAAAAAGGUUAAAGAUAGCAUCACAAAUAGCUAGUGAAAUGAGGAACAAAAUCUACGAUGAAUUAGGCUUCACAACUUGUGCUGGUAUAGCUCAUAAUAAGCUGUUGGCUAAACUUAUCUGUCCGUUCAAUAAACCAAAUGACCAAACCACUAUUUACCCAGAACACGGGGCCAGUUUUAUGUCUACAUUGCAGAAUGUCCGCUGCAUACCUAGUAUUGGAUCAAAAACUACUGAAACUCUUAUCUCUCACAAAAUUAUAUCUGUGAGUGAUUUACAAACAGCCCCUUUGGAUGUACUCAAAAAGCAUUUUAGUGGAGACAUGGCUGUUAGACUGAAAAAUUUAAGUGUAGGUGAAGAUAAUACUCCAGUAAAGCAAACAGGAAGGCCGCAGAGCAUUGGCUUAGAGGAUAGCUUUAAGACUGUUAGUGUGAAAAGUGAGGUUGAAGAGAAAUUUGCUGCAUUAUUGCAAAGAUUGCUAAUUUUAGUUAGAGAAGAUGGACGCAUUCCUGUUUCACUCCGAGUAACUUUACGAAAGAAGGAUGUGAAACGGUUAAGUAGUCAUAGAGAGUCCAGACAGUGUCAAGUGUCUCCUUCAAUAUUCACUAUUAAUAAUGGAGCACUAACAGUCACAGAUGCAGGUCAACAAAAAUUGAUGAGCAUAAUAAUGAGAUUAUUUAACAAACUCAUAAACUUGUCUAAACCAUUCCAUUUAACUUUAGUGGGUCUAGCCUUUACAAAGUUUCAGGAGCGAAUGACAGGGAGAAGUUCAAUUGUAAAUUAUUUAAUGAAUGAUAUAUCUGUGCAGUCUGUUCUAAACAUUCAAAAUGAUUGCGACACAUCAGCUUCCUCUAUGGAUUACUCUGCAGCCUCACCCAGCAGUAGUACAACCACUGAUCUAUCUGAUGCUGAAGUGGAACCGUCACCUAAGAAGCCUAAAAAAGUGACAUGGAUAGCAAAAAGAAGAUGUUUGUCUAAGGAAGAAGUUGCAUCUCCCAGUAAAUUGAAAGUAGGUGAACUGAGAUUGAAUUCAAGAGAAUUGGAAAAGGUUUCAGAACUGAGAUUAAGUUCAAGAGAUAGAUCCCUCACACCUCGAGCAAGUCCAGCAAAAGAUAAUCUCUCCGAUAACUCAGACACUAUGAAAGACAUUGCAGAGGGAGACAAUUGUGAUGACUGCCCCAGUUAUGUUGAUAAAGAAGUUUUUAAUGCUCUACCAGAUCAGAUGCAACAAGAGCUUAAGGCUAUGUGGAAAAAUCCCUCCAGCUCAGAUAUGGUAACCAGAAGUAGCCCCAGAACCAUGAACAAAGCAAAACCCAACUCAAUCAUGAAAUAUUUUGUUCCACACAAAUAGUAUUUAGUAAGAUUUUAUCUUGUUAAUUAUGUUAAGUGAAUGGUUUCUAUUUUUUCAAAUCAUACAAUUUUUAUUCAGCUGAUCAAAUACAUGUUUAUGUUAUAAAGCUGAUUUUUAUUAUUCUAUACCAAAAG